AUGGGAACAAUUAUACGUGUAGGUGGUUUGCUACUACUGCUUUCGGUUCUGAUGCUUGGCUACACAUUCAGGACUGAGCUUCAAGGCCUUCGUGAAACGCUUCAAUUAACAUACGAGCAUCGUUUACUGGGUAUGGAUUACCAUUUACCUUAUAAGAAUGUCACUGUUUAUCGCAAUGGAUACUCGACCGGUGGCGUGCAGAUACAACUGAGAGCAGAUCUUUUAGCCUCUCGCAAUGGAGAGGGAGAGCUGGCGGCGUAUUUGUCGCAAUUUGUGGCUGUGGAAGGACUUUAUAACGAGUCUAUUUCUCAAGAAUCAAAGAUUAUAGACGAAAAGGAGCCCGCCAUGUCCGGUAUUGUGGCAAAUCGCGUGUAUAAUGGCCAAGGACAGUUAAUUCAAAGCUACAGUGACAUAUCAAUGGGUGAUCGUCUUUACCUUGUUGCUCCAGGACUGCACUUUGUUUGGCCUUUUGUCAAGCUUGGACAUCGUGUGAUGGUCACAUCGAACUUUAGUCUCACAAAUGAGCCAGUGAUCAUUGAGUCUAUUUCCGAAUCCCCUAGAACUUUUCGUCUACAUAAUUUCUUCACGGGAGAAGAAGCAGACACAUUGAUUAAACGCACACUGGAGAUUGAUGAUCCGGGCAAUAAGCUUCAGCAGUCGACUGUCGGUCCAAGUGGUAGCAAGAAAGUAAAGUCCAAGCAUCGUACAAGUGAAAAUGCCUUUGACACAGUAUCCGACACUGCAAUUCGUAUCCGAAAGCGCGUCUUUGACGUGUUGUCAUUGGGUGAAUAUCAAAGUGAUAUGUGUGACGGGCUUCAGUUGUUGCGGUACCAGCAAAAACAGGCAAACAUUCCCCACGAGGAUUAUUUUCCCCUCAACUCGUCAGAAAAAUUUAAUUAUGAUCCACGUACAGGAGGUUCAAAUCGCUUUGCGACUGUCUUUUUGUAUCUAUCGGACGUUCCACUUGGUGGCCAAACUGUAUUUCCGCUGGCAGACAUGCCAAAUGACAUACCAGUUGAAUACCAACAUCCCGCGAAUGUGGCUCACGAAUUUGAGGCCGCCGGAGCAGAACUUUUUGAACCCGAUAGUUGGGAAAUGGAUAUGGUACGAAAAUGCUCGACAAAGCUAGCUUCAUAUCCUUCAAAAGGUGGUGCAGUGCUAUUUUACAGUCAGAAACCGAAUGGCGAACUUGAUCCGAUGUCGAAGCACGGUGGGUGCCCCGUUCUUAAGGGGACAAAGUGGGGGGCUAAUCUUUGGGUUUGGAAUAAGGAACGGUAUGGUCUUACUAAUGCCGAGAAUUCGGUUAAAUUCAUUGUGACAAAUCCGUCACCGCGUGAAGUUCGACUGUACUGGAAUGACGCCCUUAUGAGCACACUCGAAGCCAACAGCGGUAGAGCAGCGUACAAUUCAAAUGUGGAUCAUAAGUGGGUAAUUAAGGACGGAGACGAGAUUAUAAUGGAGUACGUGAUUGAUGCCGAUGGACCAAAGACGCAGACAAUCACCGUUCCAUUUGAUGAAGAGAAGAUUACUGCAUCAAUGACGACUACGAUCGCUGAAACCAAGGAAAUGGCAAAGGAUGAGAUCAGCGAUGUUGUAGAAAUUAAGGACGAACUUUGA